AUGGCACUGAGUUAUAGCGACCUUUCUACAGCUGAAACUGAAGAAUUAUCUCAUGACAGGUUCCUCCAGCCCAAUCCUGAAACUGUUACUAUGCAACUUCCUGACCCUCAGAUGCAUCACCUGGCUCUUCCUGGAAUAAAUACCCCACCCCCAGUAUCCAGGGAGUCUCCAAGAGCUGUGUCAAGAGAGGAUUCUCAGAGACCAGGUGCCCACUUAACCUUGAAAAAGAUCUUUGUUGGUGGCAUUAAAGAAGACACGGAAGAACAUAACCUGAGAGAUUAUUUUGAGCAGUAUGGGAAGACUGACGUGAUUGAAAUCAUGACUGACAGAGGCAGUGAAAAAAAGAGAGGGUUUGCUUUUGUCACCUUUGAUGACCAUGACUCUGUGGACAAGAUUGUCAUUCAUAAAUACCAUACUGUGGACGGGCACAACUGUGAAGUAAGAAAAGCCCUAUCCAAGCAGGAGAUUGCUCGUGCUUUGUCCAGCCAAAGAGGUCGAAGUGGUUCUGGAAACUUCGGUGGUGGUCGUGGUGGCAGUUUUGGCGGCAAUGACAAUUUUGGUCAAGGGGGAAACUUCAGUGGUCGUUGUGGCUUCGGUGGCAGUCAGGGUGCUGGUGGAUAAGGUGGCAGUGGGGAUGGCGAUAAUGGAUUCGGUAAUAAUGGUGGUUAUGGAGGAGGCGGCCCUGGUUACUCUGGAGGAAGCGGAGGCUAUGGAAGUGGUGGACAGGGUUAUGGAAACCAGGGCAGUGGCUAUGGCAGGAGUGGCAGCAUUGGCAGCUAUGACAAUGGAGGAGGCAGAGGCAGCUUUGGCGGUGGUAGUGGAAGCAAUUUUGGAGGUGGUGGAAGCUACAAUGAUUUUGGCAAUUACAACAAUCAGUCUUCAGAUUUUGGACCAAUGAAAGGGGGAAACUUUGGAGGCAGAAGCUCUGGCCCUUAUGGUGGUGGAGGCCAGUACUUUGCUAACCCUCGGAAUCAAGGUGGCUAUGGUGGUUCCAGCAGCAGCAGCAGCUAUGGCAGGGGCAGGAGGUUCUAA